AUGCCUUUGACAAUCUUAGCUGCUGAUGAUCGCAAGAUUCGCUACUUUGAUAACCACACAGGUAAGCUAACCCACAGUGCUGUUGCUCACGUGGAAGGAAUUUCCUCCUUGGCUAUUGAUCCCAACGGGCUCUAUUUGUUAUCUGGCAGCCAUGAUGGCAGUCUCCGGAUGUGGAAUAUGGAAAAGCGUGUUUGCCUCCAGGAAAUAUCAGCUCAUCGUAAGAAAUACGAUGCCUCUGUAACCUGCGUGGCAUUCCAUCCCUCUCGACCGCUUAUUGGCUCAGCUGGAGCCGAUUCAUUGGCGAAGGUGUAUUGUCCAGCAUCUUCUUAA